AUGCCUUACGACCGCAACCCUCGACAACGCCUGAUGAAGAGCCAUAUCAAUGGCGCCGCACCGGCGCCAAAGUCCGACCCGGAGCGCCGCGACGCUACCGCAUCGAACCCUACAGCCACCGACCCAGCUGCAAUCGCCGAGGCCCCCGCCCCGCCUCUCAUCACGGUCAAGAGCCCCAGCGACGCGCCCGACGCGGGGCUGAGAAGUCUCGAUCAUUAUAAGAGAGCGCUGCCGUCAUGGCGAUACCGACUGCGACAGUGGAUGCUGCCACUGAUCCGAUGGGAGACCCCCUACCUUGCUUACUUGCAGGACACGAUGCGCACACCGUGGCUCGACAGCUACUUUGCCAUCACGGCGAACCUCGGCACACAUACGUUCUUCAUGAUCGGCCUACCUAUGCUCUUCUGGUGCGGCUACGCUUCCUUCGGCAAAGGUGUCAUCCAUAUCCUUGCCGAGGGCGUCUUCUUCACUGGCUUCAUCAAGGACUUCUUCUCGCUGCCACGACCGCUCUCCCCUCCCUUGCACCGAAUCACCAUGUCCGGCUCCGCUGCCCUGGAAUAUGGCUUUCCGUCGACCCAUAGCGCCAACGCCGUAUCAGUCGCUGUGUACGGCGUGCUGCUCCUGCGCAGCCCUGACAACACCCUGCCGGAAUCGACCAAGAACCUCCUUGAGGGACUGUCAUACUUCUAUGCGGUCUCCAUCGUGCUGGGUCGUCUGUACUGCGGCAUGCACGGCUUCAUCGACGUCGUCGUGGGAUCUAUUUUGGGCGCCGCCAUCUCGCUCGUCGAGUUUCAUUACGGCCCUCCUUUGGAUGCGUAUAUGCACGGCAGCUCGUGGUGGGCGCCUGUUAUCGCCGCUCUUGUCAUUAUCGUCCUCGUCAGGAUUCACCCGGAACCCGCAGAUGACUGCCCUUGCUUCGACGACAGCGUUGCUUUCGCUGGCGUCGUGAUUGGCCUGGAAAUCGGAACAUGGAUGUAUGGGAGGACGUCAAUCGAUUCCUUUGGGGGAUCCGCUCAUACCGUCCAGUCCCUCGAUCUCGGCGCCCUCGGAUGGCACAUUGUCCUGGCACGCGUCUUUUUUGGCGUCUUUGUCAUUUUUGUGUGGCGGGAGGUUAUGAAGCCGACCAUGCUCAGGAUCCUACCGCACCUUUUCCGUCUCUUGGAGAAGGUCGAGUGGAAUCUUCCUCGUCGUUUCUUCACGCCGGCUUCAAAGUACAAGGUCAUCGAUCUAGGCUCGAGAAUGGACAACCUCAUUCCUUCGGUCAGGGACUUUCCCCGCGUAGUCCAGUCCAUCCGCCAUCCGACGACGCGUGGCCGUUCCGUGUCGAUCGGGCCUCAGAGUGCCGCCGAUGCGUAUGAGACGCUGGCAUACCGCGAGCGCCGGCGUCGGGAGAGCAUCGGCAGCAACGGCAGCAUCAAGAGCAAGGGCAGUUCGCACGAGCUUCGGGAAAAGAGCGGUGACUGGGAGGGGAAGGGGGCGACAUCCGGUAUACAGGGCCAUCAUGGCAAUUCGCUGAAUGAUUUUGAGCGUAUGAUGGGCACGGGCAGUGUAUUGGCGAGCCCAAGCGAAGAAAAGGGGGAGCAGGACCUGACGGUCGGCCAACAAGACGAAAUCAGCGAGAAGGAAAUGUUCCUGCGACUGAUCCGACCCAGAGUGCGUUACGACGUCGAGGUGGUGACCAAGCUGGUAGUUUAUACAGGUAUCGCAUGGCUGGGCGUCGGCUUGAUCCCUAUGAUGUUCGAGCUGGUCGGCCUCGGAUCGAACCAUCUCCGCGCUGCCUAA